CUAACGUUUCUACCUGCCGUCACGACUCUACUAUCGUGAAAUGGUACUCGCCUACUAAGUGGGAGUGGCAAAAAGCGAGCUUUCGGGUAGAUUUAAAUUGCCUUAAUUUUUAACUGUAAUUGCAGAAAAAACAAAACAAAGUUGUGUUUGAACAUACUUUUUACGUUUUAAUUUCUUUUACUUUCUCUGCAAUCGCGUCUGCGGAAAUAAAAAUGAAAGUUACGGAGAGGGAGAUUUGAUCAAGCUUUAUUAAUGACCGUUAUUUUCCGGCGUUCUGUAAUUAUUAGUGUUUGUAUUCUUUGUUUUGCUUGAGAUCUGUGGUCCCGUUGUUAAUUAAUUCGUUCGGUGAUGACUUUGAAGUUAGUGGAAUAUAUUUAUGCUUGAAUGAAAUUCAAGAAAACACAAUUGAUCUUUCUUCGUUCCGUACACGCUGCCAAAACCUCGUGGUCUCAACAGGUUGUUUACAAACAUGAGGGAGUUGUACAUUUUCGGCUUUCUGGCUGUCAUGGUGCUGACGACAGUGGUGUUGAAGGGGAUCUUCUGCUUUACGCAGUGUGCGAAGCCGGAGUCUAAAGAAGUGAAGCUGUUCCUAGAGAAAAAGAAGAAGGAAUUAAGUGCGUCUAAAAGCAAACUCGUACAGUUGGAGAUCCCCAUGGAAGAUAUCGAGCGUACCAGUACGCCUGUUCCUGCCGAGGAAAAGAAGAAACACUGGACUGAAUGCCAGAGUGAUGUCUGAAAGCACAAAAAGAGCAACCUCGUGGCCAAAUUUGAAGCUAAUCCAGAGACUAUGUUUGUUUUUACUCUUAGUAUUUGCAUGUUACAAUCAACAUUUUAAUUUUAGAUAUUUUUGUUAUCUGUCAUGUUUAUAGAAUGUGUGUAACUACACUGAUAGCUGCCACUUGAAUUUUAUAUGUUGUAUAGUAUGAAAUAAAGGUUUAUUUUACAUGCUCUU